UACUGCUUCCAGGUCUAUCAUCAUCAAAGAUGGUGGUUUCCUACGGGUUGGAGCAACUUUUUGUUGCCAGAAGACCCACCAGUCUGGUCAGAUCAACAUGGAAAACCUAUUCCCAAACUUCAUGAUUUUACAUUGCCACCAGAUACAUAUAUUGGUCCUCCUAACGAAAUGAACCAACAACGUUGUGUCUCUUGGGUCUGGAUGGAUCCAUUCUGGUCAAAGCAAAAAGAUGUGGUCGGAGAUAAACAAUCAUGGCAAUAUGGAUCAAAGUGGAAAAAUUGGAGUUCUGACGCCAAUGGGUCAGGUUUCUAUACGCGACGAAGAAAAUGGUUCCGAUAUGCACAACGUAAAGAA